CGAACGUGGGCCAUUUCCUCCUGGGCCUCUUAGAAGCCAUCCCCAAGGCCUCGCCAUUCCCCUUCAACCAGGGCCAUCACCCAGGCACCAGCCAAGGCCUCCUCAUGGACCUCCACCUCCUUCAGCCCCGAAUUGGCUAAUGCUCCCUCCUGGGCCUCUUCCACCUCGACAAGGUGAAAAGCAUGCACGAGAACUGACAGAAUGGAUGGCAGGAGACCCGGAGUAUAGGAGUGAUGAUCCAGUAUUCAGAGGGUCUGCCUCUCCACCUCUAGGAGGUGGUUCCCCGACACCAAAGUGCUUAACAAGUAGAAAAGUUCCACCAGGGUUUGCCGGCAACUCCCUGGGGCACAAUCAAAAAGGCGACAAAAACAGAGGACAAACAGCUGGUCCAUCAGGUCAACAACCCAGGAAUUCUCGAUUCGAUAGAGAUCCAAGGACGAGAUCAUGGUCGCCGCUGAUCCAAGAAGACCCAUUGAAUGUCCAACAAAUCAUCUCAACCACUUGACACUCUCAUCAAGAACCCCUAUAGCUUCCGUCUACGAUCUAGCAACACUAAUCACUGACUGCUGUGCCAAUGUGUUUGAUCAAUACCAUAUCCCUGACGAAUUUCAAUUCUUAGAUUUCUUUGAACGCUUCAUUGGAGCGGUAGUUGAUGGAGAGGCACAGUUCCUCCAAGAAUUUACUGAGGGUCUCGACCGACUAAACCGCUCACCAGAUGCGGAUUCGGUCGAACUCUUGAGCAUAUCUAGAGAGACAAAGCUCCUAGUAGAAAUAAAGGAUAUACGGGAUGAAUUGAGCAUCCUGAAAAUGGUCUUAAAGGACCAAGAAACAACCAUGACACAAAUGUGGGGGAUCAUUGAAGACGCCAAGAUUAAGCCGGGCAAAGAGCAAGAUCCACAUGCAUCGUACAAGCGCAACAGAAUCCUCGAAAUUCAUUUGUUCCGAAUCAAAAAGAUGGAAGAACUGGCCAACAAGGCGUACGAUGAGAUCAAACAUCUUCUCGACCUGAAGCAGAAGCAGGCAAAUAUAUCCGAAGCUCUUUCAGCCCGCAAACAAGCUGAAAACAUAGCGGAGCAAUCUAGAAUUGCUGCAGGCCACGCGAAAGAUGGGGCCAGGCAGGCUGAGUUGGGGGUGGAACAAUCUGCCUUGCUCGUGGAACAAGCUGCACUUGCUGGAAAACAGGCCGAGGAGACUGCGAGGCAAGGGAAGACUCUUCUGGUCUUCACGAUAAUUACCAUUGUCUUCUGA